UGAUCCAAUGCAGGUGCUCAGGAGUUUGUUAAGCAAUAGAAUAGCCCAGUUGAUGUCACCAGAGUGUAGGUACCAAAACAGCCUCCAUGGUAACUACUAUGGAGUAGCACAAGGCGGGGCUCAGAGUAGGAUGCAGGAGGCUAUGACUGCAGUCCACACUGACUCAUUGGCUUAACUUUCGGCUGAACCCGGACUCCCAGGGCCAGUGCUUACACCUGACAAACGAUGGCCUGAGCUAUGAGCAAAGAGGACUAUAUGAACACUUCAGUGCAAGAGCCCCCUCUUGACUACUCCUUCCGAAGCAUCCAUAUGAUCCAAGAUCUGACAAGCGAGGAGCCAAGAACAGGGCUACGACCACUAAGGCACUCAAAGUCAGGGAAGUCACUGACCCAGUCCCUGUGGCUGAACAACAAUGUCCUCAAUGACCUGAAAGAUUUCAGCCAUGUGGUUUCACUGCUUCUGGAGCAUCCAGAGAACUUGGCCUGGAUCGAUCUAUCCUUCAACGACCUGACUUCAAUUGACCCUGUCCUGACAACUUUCUUCAACCUCAGUGUCCUCUAUCUCCAUGGCAACAGCAUCCAGCGCCUGGGAGAAGUGAACAAGCUGGCUGUCCUCCCUCGACUCCGGAGCCUGACACUCCAUGGGAACCCCAUAGAGGAAGAGAAGGGGUAUAGGCAAUAUGUGCUGUGCACCCUGCCCCGUAUCACCACAUUCGACUUCAGCGGGGUCACCAAGGCAGACCGCACCACAGCUGAAGUGUGGAAGCGCAUGAACAUCAAGCCCAAGAAGGUCCGGAUCAAGCAGAAUGCACUCUGAGGUUCUCAGGCCCCAGCAGUCCUGAGAGGAUGACAUGCUGGGGUUAGAGCUGUUUCACAGAGUGCCAAGUUUCUGUGGAGAUCCCUCAGAGAAGACGACAGGCUGUGAUCUUUGAACCCCCCACUUCGAUCAGAUCAGGGUAUUUCUGCUCUGUCUUACAUGUUGGGAUUCUGCUUGAGAUUUCAUUUGAUAAAGGGAAUCUUCUGCUUGAAAACA